CUUAUUUUAAAAUCCCUUGUCUAGCUAAAUAGCAGUUCAGUUGUACAUUUCAGAUCCAACAAAAGGAAAGUUUUAAUAUGAAAUUUUUUAUAAUUUUGCUGUUUCUUUGUUUAAUUGCUUGCACUUUUGCAAAGAACCAUACUGAAAACAUGAGAACUGCCAUGGAUGAGUGCCGAAGAGAAGAAAACAUUUCCGAAGAUGAAUAUAACAAAAUAAUUGAUCAUUACUUUGAAAAUCCCACUCGAGUGAUAAAAUGUUUUACGGCCUGUGUUUCAGAAAAAAUUGGCAUUUUAAAGGACAAUAUCGUGCAGGAGAAUGUUGUAUUGGAAAUAGCGAAAGAAGUUAAUAAAGUUGAAAUGACAAAUAUCAUUUUGGAGAAGUGUAAACAAAUACAAAGUGAGGAUCGCUGUGAUAUGGCUUUUAGAUUUCAUGUCUGUGUACAAAAUACUAAAAGAGAAAUAAUUAAAGCUGAAAACUAAAAAUAAAUAAAGAGAAUCAAUACACAAUGCA